AUGGGAUUGUUUUCAAAACUCAAGAAAGCGUUUAAAGUGGGGCAUACACAUGAACCCCAACCCUGUGUGCUGCUCAAAUACUCCCCCAUCAGGGCGGAAAACCAUCCUCAUCCUCCUGAUGAGACGCCUGGUGGUGCUGAUGAGAUAGAGAGAAAAGAGUCAGAGAGACGAGAGGAAAACUACAAAAGGUUUUGGAGAUAUCGCCUUCUUCGCUUUUUCCGCCGAAAAGCAGGAAAAUACAACCUGGCUAAGGCUGAAGAAGUGUCCCAGAAUGAGGCGGGAUCGUAUCGGAGACUUAAUGAUGAUAUCCAUGAUCACCAAGAACCUCCAGUCUCUGAAGUCCUCCCUGCUAUAGAGAAACUGCUGGAGCAGGACGUCCCACCACAACAGGAUGUCAACACUCCAGCUCGUCUGACUGAAGAGGACAAAGUGGGAGAGCUGGACAAGGAUCAGACAUCACUACAGGACAGUGUAGAGAUCCAUCCAGUCUCUGAAGUCCUCUUCAGUGCUAAGGAACGACUGGAGCAAGAUAUCCUCCAACCUCAGGAUGUCAGCACUCCAGUUAGUUCCCCUAAAGAUGAUCGAUCGGAAGAGCUGGACAAGGAUAAGACUUCUCUGCAGGAAAUUGCAGAGAUUAAUGAUUUUGGAGAAGGUUUAGGCUCUGAAGUCCUUCCCGCUGCUGAGGACCUCCAAAGUCUAGAUAGUUCCAUUGAUGAUGAAGCGGAGGAGCCAGACAGCAGACACAUUUUCUGGCGAUACGAAUUUGGGCCCAAGCUGGGUAGAGGAGGCUAUGGCCAUGUGCAUGCAGGGACUCGCUGCAAGGAUGGCCUCAAGGUGGCUGUGAAAAUUGCAGAAAAGACUCCAGAUUUGCCAUAUAUCAGAGUUCCUGGCCAUCCCAGUCGCCUUCCAAUGGAGAUUGGCCUGACACUCAUGGCCAAUAUGGGCCCCAGUGUUCCACACAUAAUCAAACUCCUGGACUGGCAGGACGACCCCGACUACUAUGUCAUGGUCUUGGAGCGGCCCAUGCUAAGCAUGAGCCUGUUUAGUUUCGUGAAGCUCCGACAAAGGCUUGAAGAGGGGAUAGCACGACAUUUAAUGUGGCAGGUCAUUCAUGCCGCUAACAUUUGCUGCGAGCGUGGCGUCUUCCAUAGAGAUAUAAAACUGGAAAACAUCCUGGUGAACCCGGACACGUUGGAGGUUAAGUUGAUUGACUUCGGCUGCGGCAUGCUCAUGAAGGACUCUGCCUACGUGACCUUCAGUGGUACAGAAAUGUACUGUCCACCGGAGUUCUAUGUCGACGGUGGGUACUAUGCAAAGCCAGCGACAGUUUGGUCAUUAGGGAUCCUGCUGUUCGUGAUGGUGUGCGGGUAUUAUCCAGACGACAAAGACCUGCAAAUGAUCAGCAAGAAUGAAUGGUCCAAACCCGACUUGUCACAAGAAUGCUGCCAGAUGAUUUGCGAUUGUCUGCAGCCGGACCCCCAGCAGAGACUUGUUCUGGAGGAGAUGCAGCUCCAUGACUGGUUUCCGGUCGUGGAGUAA